AUGGCGAAGAAGCAGAAAGAGGAAACUGCGAACUUGAAUGCCACCCCAAAUCGCGAUAUUAUACAGCGGCUGAACUUCCUCUAUCAAGCCAGCGUUUACCUCCAAUCGAUCUCCGCACCGCAUGAAGACAGGUCUUGCAAGGGCAAGGGGAAAGAACGAGAAGAGGCUGACACAGAAAACGACGGAAUGCCGAUAGCAAUCGACAAAGACUCCACAAUAGCAAUCGCGGAACCGACAAAAAUGAGGAGGAAACCGAAGAAAGCCAGAAGACUUGUCAACAAGCAAACGCCAGGCGACCUUGCUCGCAGCUACAUACGAUGUAUGCGCGUUGUCGGGCAGAAAACCACGGUCAAAAUAGAUCCUUCACUAAAGCGAUCAUUGUGCUCGAACUGCAAUACCACCCUCGUCCCAGGUUCAUCGGCCUCCGUUCGCGUUAAGAAGCUACGCAGUCAUGGCCACGCCAUGGUCUACACCUGUCUCCAUUGCAAGAUGACAAAGCGAAUACCCGCUCCACUAAUCCGCGUUGAGCCUGCUGCACCCCAAAUCGAGACCGCAACGAUAGAACCAUCGACUACUCGUCAGCCAGGUCUACUCUCUGAAUUCCGAGGAGGCAAGAGGAAUUCAGCCCGCCUUCCGCCCCUCUCUGCCCGAAUAGACGCUGGUCAUGCUGUUUUCCGCGGAGGUGAAGAGCUGGCGAUUGAUCAGGAAAUAGGAACAGGGCUCGCGUUCGUAUGA